GAAUCCAUGCAAAUCCCUCAACCGGGUGUUCGUUUCUGCUUGCAUAAUGGGAUCUAGACCUUCCUAGUCUUUGCAAUGUUUUGAACGUCGUCAACGUAUGUGUGUGUGUGUGUGUGUAUGUUAUCAUGCAUGGGACAUGAGUCCUUUCGUAUACCAAUUCAUCUUGAGAAGUGCAAAAAAUAUACUCUCUAGCACCGGAAUACCUUCAUCACACCCAUCGCACCCAUCAGAUCAUCCUCCCUCCACACCCGUGAAUCAUCUAGAACAUUUCCCAUCCUCCAUCACACAAACCAUACCAUACCAUAUCAUCCACCUCCCCCCUUUCCCAUCCUCCACACUCGCAAACGCUACACCACUAUCCACAUCGGACCGACACCCAUCUAAGUAUGCUAUCCACCUCCCCUCAACCCCCCGGAGACGAUUUCCCUAUCUCCCCAACCAUUCCCAUUCCUUUCCCAUUCCGCUCAACGCUGCAUCUCAUUACAUCCCAUACAUACAUACAUACAUACAUACAUACAUACAUACAUACACAAGCGCAACUGCGUCACGACCUAAUUAUACAAUUUCAAAAGCGCAUCCGGGUUAUCCCAUCUCAUCCCACCAUGUCACAUCACAUCACAUCUUAUCUUAUCUCUCUCUCUCCAAUUCUCAAAAAUUACCCUUUAUCGUCGUCGAAAACAUGUGAUGGAAUUCUUCAAAUCAAUCCCUUCUUUCCCUUACUCAUCGUACAUAACAUUACAUUACAUCACAUCGCAUUACAUCACCUCACCUCACAUCCUACAUCCAUCCUACCUUCAACAACAUCAUUUUCACAUGUUAAUGUUUGAUUCUCUUUCCCGCUUCCUCCACAUUCCUCAACACAUGCCAAUCCCCUCUGCAUCUGCAUCUGCCUCUCCAACAUCCAGCAUUUUUUACACGUGAAAUUCUUGAAUUUAUAUUUACGCCUCUGAUCAGAGAAUCUAGACUCCGCACUAAUAAACGUAAAAUGUAAUAAGAGAAUCUCGACAUCAUCGAUUUCCUAUCCUCCUCGCUCUUCUCCCUUAAUCCCUGAUUUACCGGUGCAAGCACAAAUCCCAUAUAUCUCUAUCUCUAACAUUAUAUACAAACCAAACGUGGAUGGAAUAUUAAUAAGAGCAGAAUAGGAUAGAAUACACAUAGAAGCACCAUAUGAAACAAAACAAAACAAAAUAAAAUAACACACAAACCCCGUAUCAAUCUCUCUUUCUAAUACAAUAGCAAGCUCCGAGAAAGAAUUCUCGGUAUAAUAAUAAUAAUAUCUCGAUACAAGAACUGCUUCACUCACACAUUCAUUCAUUCAUUCAUUCAUUGAUUCAUUGAUUCACUCUAAUCUAAACUAAUCUAAUCUAAACUAAACCUUCCUACCACAUACCCUCUAUCCACGCCAUCUAUCUCUCAACUUUCUUUCUUCUUUCUUUCGUUCUUUCGUCCUUCCUUCCUAGCCCUCCUCCACAAAAAUAACUUUAAAAUUAUAUCCCAUCACACAUCCUCAUAUACACAUAACCAUAAACACUCCUCUCCUCUCCUCUCCGCCCUCCCUCCUCCCCCACAUUUCCCCGCAAAAUCAAAAUCAAAAUCAAAAUCAAAACCAAAUCUGAAACUCAACCGACCUCCAUAUUCAUUCAUUCAUUCAUUCAUUCAUUCUUCUCCCGCUAAAAGAAUCAAAGAAUUUAUAAAAUCAAAAAUUUGAUAUCUCAUAACCUCUAUCCCCAAUCCCCAACCCAACAAUUCAGAUCCCUCA